CAGAUGAAGGAAUAUAAAGACGAGAGUCAAGAUGAACGGGCGAUAGAUGGAGAUGUUCACCGGAAACGGACCAUUGUCACACCAUGUAAUCGUGGGCGUGGGCGUCCUCGUGGGCGUGGCACCAAGGUUCAUCAAUCUCGCUCAGCAUCCAAUAGAGAUGUUUCUGAUGCGCCUUCGGGAUCGCCAACGCCUCCACGACGCACUCGGUCUGGGCCUAGGCGCAAAGCUGCCAGCAAAAGCGAUGGGCAAGUCAAGAGCCACUUUUUUGCAGAAGCGAGCGAAGGCGAGACGGAUAUGACGGAUAUGACUGACCGACACUCGCCAAGGAAAAAGACAUGUCGAGGGCGCGGGACUGGUAGAGGGAGAGGUGGCGUACGGGGCAAGGCGGGGAAGGCCAAGUAGUUAUACGGGGAUAGUGGAUCGUGCAUGUAUAAAGGCUGCAGAUAUGAUUCCAAGUUCAAGUGGAGAGACUGGAGGUGCGGAGCGGGAUUCAUACACGACGUCCAAGCAGCUGCGCAGUGCAUGACUGACAAAUGGUAGUCUAGCUGGAUGGAGAGAGACGGCAGUCCGCAAGUCCGUAAUGGCAAAAAGAAAUCAAGGGUUCUCCUGGAAGGUGCAGUAACAGUAAUAAGACAAACGCC